AUGGGUUUCACCGAUCUCGUCAGCGACGCCGGCCUGUCCGUCCUCAACAGCUACCUGGCCACCCGCUCUUACAUUGUCGGCUACACCGCCUCCCAGGCCGACGUUGCCACCUUCAAGGCCAUCUCCUCCGCCCCUGACGCCUCCAAGUACCCCAACGCCGCCCGGUGGUACAAGCACAUCGCCUCUUACGAGUCCGAGUUCCCCACCCUCUCCGGCGAUGCCUCCAAGCCCUACACCGCCUAUGGCCCUGAGGCCGCCGAGGUCACCCUGAACCCCGCCAAGGCCCCCGCCGCCGCUGACGACGACGACGAUGUCGACCUGUUCGGCUCCGAUGACGAGGAGGAGGAUGCUGAGGCUGCCCGUAUCCGUGAGGAGCGUCUGGCCGAGUACCGCAAGAAGAAGGAGGGCAAGGCGAAGCCCGCCGCCAAGUCCGUCGUGACGAUGGAUGUUAAGCCUUGGGAUGACGAGACCGACCUGGCCGCUCUUGAGGCCUCUGUUCGUUCCAUCGAGAAGGACGGUCUGGUGUGGGGUGCCUCCAAGUUCGUCGCCGUCGGCUUCGGCAUCAAGAAGCUCCAGAUCAACCUGGUCGUCGAGGACGACAAGGUCUCCCUGGAGGAGCUCGAGGAGGAGAUCGUCGGCUUCGAGGACUACGUUCAGUCCUCCGACGUCGUCGCCAUGCAGAAGCUGUAA